UAUUGUGCAGUUUGCCGAUACCGUCACAGCAUUUACUUGUUCUACUUUUUGGCACUUUUUCGAUGAUCUCAGAAUCGGCCGAUUCAUUUGGCUCAAGGAUGACGGCCGAAGCGCUUGGCAUUUCUGUUGCACCUUCACUUUUUCAUUCUUGCAUUCACGAUGGACAGCGGGCAAAAAUGGAAGAUGUAAUGCGAUUUAAGAUUGCUUCCGAAAUCACCUCAAGAAUCAUUCAAAAUUUUGGCUAUACAAGCCUGUUUCCACGCGAUUGUUACGAAUUCUAUGCUCGCAUUACGGGACGAAUGUUGGGCGAUGACGAGAACGAUUCGCGCUUGCGAUUCGCAAUACCAGCCAGUAAGAUCUCACAUAUUCCACAUUCCCUUUUCAGUUUUUACUUAGGAAUUCUACCUGGAAAAACGUAA